CUUGUCCAGAAACGGCACGACGGGGAGCCCACUCUAAACUUGACCUCACGUCUGACUUCCCAGCAGAACAGCCGCAACGACAUCCAUCGCCGCAUCACCACCACAGCCCCUAUUCCGCUCUCGACUGCAGUUCCAUCUCGACCGAUGCCCCUCUUUCUCCCCAUGUGACCAGGUCGCCCCAAAGUGCCUUGGUGCCGGAUAUACACGAGCGCACUUUCUGGCGCAUGGCGACCGACCGCCGGCCCCGUUUAAUAUAACUCCACGACCCGGUCCGAAAAUGUCCAUUACCAACGGUCAGCAUGCCUGGCCUCCGCCCUCGACCGCCGCCCACAUGAACGGUAUCAGGGCCGUCAUCCCCCACCCCAGCCAGGACGAUGGGCCCCCGCGAACCCAGACUCCCUUUGAUAAUUCCACCACCGCCUUGAUGCCUGAGGCACCGUCCUCCGACCCCGACGACGACCAGCGCCGCUCCCACUUCGUUGACAAGUACCACAAGGCCGACGAGCGGAUCGCGCUGCUGUUCGCCGAUGACGGCUCCUACAACAUUCCCGUCAUAGCCGCCUUGAAGCGCGCCCCGACACCCCCCAUACCCCUGCUCCCUCCCACGACCGAUCACGCGCCGAUCCAGGAGCCCCCCCGCAAAAAAGCGAAGCGCGUCAUCGACGAGGACGACUAUGGCGACGACGACGACGACGACGAAGACGACGACGAUCAAGAAAGCGAUCACCCCGUCGCGACUGACACCAAACCAGACACACAACUAACAUCCAAACAUUCCGCCAACGAUGCCGCGGCUCGGGCACUCCUCUCCCCGUCCAAGUCCGGCAGCUCUCCCGUCCACUCGAUACCCUCGCCAGGGCGGCAAGCAGACCGGCAAACAGCCAAGGAAGAUGGAUCGCAACCCCAGACAAAGUCCUCCGAGGAUGCGCGCAGGGAAUUGGAGGCGGCGCGCAAUGCGACCGAGGAGGCGGCCAAGCGCGGAUUUCAUACCCUCUUUUACACACUCGAGAACGACAGGACAGCAAUGCUCGAACAACAGCAACUGGAGGAAUCCGAGAAGCAACUACAAGCAGAGAUGGACAAGUCGGGACAAACAAACCACAGUCAAGGAGCCCCCAGCCAAAACAACCACGGCUCUCUCAGCAGUGCCAACCUCGGCGCUUCAAGUCUUACCCUCAAACACUUGAUUGCCCGAAUAGACAUGAAGCGCGACCGCGUGCAGGCAUCGGACGCUGAACUACGGUCGCUUAUGAACGAGGUUCGCAAGAACAGGAGUAAAUGGGCUAGCGAGGAAAAUGUCGGCCAGGAAGAGUUGUACGAGGCACUGGACAAGGUCUUGACCGAGCUUAAGGCGCACACCGAGUACUCAACUCCCUUUUUGACCAAAGUGAACAAACGUGAUGCGCACGACUAUUAUAAUAUCAUCAAACAGCCAAUGGACCUAGGUACAAUGGCCAAAAGACUCAAGACCCUCCACUACAAGUCCAAGGCCGAGUUUGUCACGGACCUCAACUUGAUUUGGGAUAACUGUCUUCGAUAUAACCAGGACUUGGCCAAUCCUCUCCGCCGGAUGGCCAAUGGGAUGCGCAAGGAGGCUGAGAAACUAAUCCCCCUAAUACCGGACAUCGUGAUCAGGCCCAGGGCAGAGGUCGAAGCCGAGGAACGCCGAAAACAGAACGGCGGCGAGGACGAGGCUGGCGAUGACAGUGACGACGAGCCAAUAAUGUCAUCUCGUGGACGAAAGGCCGGUACCAAAGGGACCAACAAGUCACGGAAAGCACCAACAGACCAAAAAGAAGGGACACCAAGCGUCGACCAAAAACCGAUAUUGCAACUCAACGGUAUCCUAGCCAAGUCUCACAGAGAGGGCUCCGAGGUCGACGGCAGCAAUGGAUUUGGGACGCCUAUCGGCGGGUCCCUUACACCCAGCAACAUAAAUGGUGGACACUCGGGGGUCAGCAACGCGGAUGCCAUGGAGCUGGAUGGGCCAUCACUCAACGGAAUGGCCUUGAAUCAUGCCUUCAGAGAAGCGGAGGAGCAGGCGUAUGAGGACGAAGAGUACAAGAUCUGGAAACAAGUAACGAAAAAGGAUCGUGCUCUUCUGGCAAAGGAGCGUUUCCAGCUGUUCAAGGACAACAAGCUAAAUCCCGACGAGCCUGCACUACUGCGAACCAAAGCCGGGAUGCGUCGAUUCCUGAAAUCACGCAAAGAGGCAGAGGCCAUGGGCGUGAUCACCUCACAAGGCGAUGCGCCUGGUAGUGGAGAUGGCAACAAGGUGGCAGAGACAUUAGCCCAGGGCAUGGAGGAUGAGACUAUUCGGAAUGUCCCUGCUUAUUACGAACCCCAAACGAUCAUACCCGAUAUCCCAUCAAAGCUACAAUGGGUCGAGGAUGGCGAGGGACAAGUGAUUAAUCAGCAUGAAGAGUUCCUUCGGCUCGUCCCUCCCGGUCAAUUCACCGCCCCAGAGAGUCGGCUGACCAAGAAGUUCGAUGCCAACAUUCGGCAGAUGCAAGAGACUCGCAAACUGUGCUCCAAGAUCAGCGUCAUCAAGCAGAUGCAGAUCCAGACUCAGGUAUAUACGAAUCAGUUCCCGAAGUAUAACCCGGAGCCGAUGGUGGAAGCCGAUAUCGAGCCCACCUUUCUCGCCGGCGAAGGUCCCGUCAUGGCCCCCGAGGUGUGCAGGGCGGCAUUACAACGAUCCGUUGCCAAGAUCUUCUAUCAUGCGGGCUUCGAGGAACUGCAGCCCUCCGCCCUGGAUACGAUAACCGACAUUGCUGGCGACUACUUCCAGAAGAUUAUCCGGUCAUACAACAUAUACCGUGAAGCCGAGUGGAAGGAGCCACCGCCUGCAUGGAAGGAAAAGGGGGUAAAAUACGUGCCCAGAUUCACGAACGAGGAAGUCAUCUUGCACACAUUGAGCGAAAGUGGCAUCGAACUGGAUGCGCUGCAGGCCUACGCCAAGGACGAUAUCGACCGCCUGGGCAACAAGCUCACCCAGAUCCACGAUCGUAUGAAGGCGCAUCUUGCCGACCUACUGCGGCCGGCACUGACCGACAAUAGUGGUGACGGAUCAGGAUCAUUCGAAGAUGGCAGCGAGCAAUUCGUGGGAGGCGACUUUGCAGAGGAACUUGGCGAUGACUUCUUCGGCUUCAAGGCCCUUGGUCUCGACCGUGAGCUGGGUCUCGAAAUGCUUUCAGUGCCACUACACCUGCUGCAAUCAAGAGUUCGGAACCAAUACCAAAUGCAGGCUUCAACAACCGGCCAGGCAACAACCGACCUCUUCGAGCAGCUCCCGCCUGCCGACCCGGUCACCAAGGAAAGCAUCCAAGAGGAAAUCGGCCUGGUCAAGAACUUCUUCCUUGCCAAGCUGCAUGCCAACAACGAUCAGCCGCUCGUGGAAGACGAAGAUCUGCCCGUCAAGCAAAGAAAGCCACGUCCUCGUCUGGCCGCCAGCGGCAAGAUUACCGCCCCGGCCAAGCGGCCGCUCAGAGAGCAGAUCGCCGCAGCCAAGAAGAGAAAGAAGGAGGCCCUGGCGGGUGCCAAUGCCUCGCCAGAGAAGGCGGGGGCGGCCGCGGGUGGUACACCCUCCAAAAAGGCCAAGACCAGUCACAACUUGGUCAACGGUACGGGCGCCGCAGGAGGAGGAGGAGGAAGUGGUGGCAAUGUCGGCGGGUUGGUUGCUCCGUCUAUGGAGAGAAUGGGGAGCGUAAACAGCCAGACGAAUGCGAGCAUCACGGAUAAAGAUGACGCCGGGGCUAUGGGCAUGAUGAGCCCGGAAAGUUUCGAGCAAAAGUGAGAGCAGAAGGGCGAAUGGUUAAUGGAGGUUGCUGGGAAGCUCGUUGAUCCACGAGAGCGGGAAACAAGAGACAGAAGACGGGAUGAUGACAUCGGUAGAUGGUAGAUGAGUGGGGAGAGGAUCCCAAGGGAAAGAAACAAAGAAAGCAUGAAAGCGCUUUUUCCUAGUGUAUUCUGUCUUCUGUGUGUCUGGGUCAGUGUGGAACUGGUGGAGAUGGUUCGGGUUUACGGUCAGGUUAGGUUGGAACAGGUUAGGUCGGGUUGGGUUGAUUCGGAUGGCCAUCUGUUUGUCUGCUGGUUGUGUAUGCUGGACUGGACAUGUGUUGGUUCCGUCAUUUCUCUUUUUGGUUUAUCCGCGAAGACAGAAAGGCUAUUUACGGUGGCAGGCCUUUCUCUCUUUUUUUUUUCUAAAAACUUCUUUUCACAUCAUGUUAUUUUCUUUAGGAAGAGGAGGGGCGGGCACGUACUUCCCUGUACUCGAAACUGAUUGAUUGGUUUGGUUGACUGAUUGAUUGAUUGAUUGAUUGAUUGAUAUCCCUGAUCGCGAGAGAGAUCCGAGACAGUGAGAAGAGACAGAAAGAGAGAAAUUUUAUAAUUUGCAUUUGAUCCC